GGUGUGGAAAAUAGGGCUUCCCGUCCGCUCAGCCGUACUCAAGCCACACGCCGGGAGGAUGUCAGAUCUGUCUGCUCGCCGCUGCCAUACACGAAGUUAAACCCUCCUAAUGCCAGAGAUGCGAGGCCAUAUGAUUGGAGUGUAUUUAUCCGGAGAGUCACGGGCGAAACAAGCGACAGGACACCAACAAAGGCUCGCGGGCACCAAGUCCUAUCAUUGGAUGAUUUGGACUGCAAUAAGUUCAACGAUGGCUGCAUCGACGAGUCGCUGUUUAUGCCAUGGAUCAUGGAUACUCACAUGCAGCAAAGCUCACCUAGUAGAUCCAAAUCAAGCAGUGGCGGCAUCCAAACCCCUGCCGCUGACCUGGCAGUAACGAGGCCUCCCUUUUCAGCAAGGAGGCGCAGUGCUACAGAGGCGGCGCAGGACCGGCUCCCAGGAAUUCCAACGGCCGAUUCAUCGUUUGCGUCGCUACUCGGGCCGUCGGAUAGCAGCAGCACAGGUGAUGCCGAAUGUUGCUCUUCGCGCGAGGACCGCCUUGACCUGCUCCUCGCUGACCUGCGCAACUCGAUUGAGACUCUGGCUGUUUUCAUCUCAUGCGACAGAUGUGCGACUCGAGUAGAGCAGAACAUGCUGCUUGCCAUGGCGGCUAGACCAAUCGGGGUCAUCUGCGGCAGGAUAGCCAACUGUUGCAAGGCGAUGCUUCAGGAUAGUCUGAGCGAUACAGGCUCCUCGCAGCAGGGAAGUGAGCCUGUCCCCUGUCCGAUUCCGGACAAUGUUUCGGUUGCCACGUAUCGCGUCAACCGACGUGAGAAGCUACACCUGCUCGGCAGCCUUGCGGCGUUGCAGAUAAUGGAUUUCCAGAGGCAAAUCAAUAUAAUCAAGUCUCGAUAUCGCAAUCGGCCAAAUAAAAGACAAGUAGGGGCCCUCAGUGAGGCAGAUAAAUACGUCAAGUUGGCGCAGGUUUCGCUCAGCGGUGAUUCAUGA